CCCCGCGCCGCCCGGGUGCCGCGGGCCGCUCGGUAGGGCUGACAUCGCUGGGGGAGCCGUCGGCCACGGGGAGCGCCGCGGGCGGGGAUCGGCAGCGCGGGGCCGCGGGGGCCCGGACACCUGCGGGUACAGGUUAGGGAUGGAGCCCCACCUGGCUCCCAGCCCCACCUAGGUGUUCCUAGAGACUGCGGAAAACCAAAUGUCUUCCAAGACCAGAGACUUCUCGCUCCCUCUUGGCUGGUCUCUUAGGCCCGGGCUUAAUAGCUGUCUCGAACUUACCUUCUUCAAUGUGGCCAGAAAGGUCCAGCCUCGGCGACCCUCUUCUCCUGGAGCUAUGACCCUUUGGAGGUGACCCAGGAGAGAAGGGAUGCAAGCAUUCAGUCCUCCAAAUGAGGGUCACCUCCCAGGACUUGUGGCCUCCCGCAUCGUGACCUAUGGGGGCCGGCCCCGGGCCUCUGCCCAGAGUGCUGCCAGCAGCCUCUAUCCCCGGGGAGGCCCCAUGCUGGAUCCCAGUCGCCGUCGCCUCCAGGACUACGUCCCCUUUGCCAGGGGCUCUGGCCAUGACCAAGGCCUGCCUCCCAUGAGGUGGCAAGAACCAGAGCCCGAGAAGAGGCCCGGGAGCCACUUUGGGGCUGGCCCACCUUACUCCCCCAAACUCAAGGAAGUCACCAAGGCCCACGCGCUCGAGGUGAGGCUGCACACGUUCAGCAUGUUUGGGAUGCCCCGGCUGCCCCCGGAGGACCGGCGGCACUGGGAGAUAGGGGAGGGCAGCGACAGUGGCCUGGCCAUCGAGAAGUCCUGGAGAGACCUGGUGCCUGGGCACAAGGAGAUGAACCGGGAGUCUUGCCACCAGCAGGAAGCACUGUGGGAGCUCCUGACCACCGAGCUGACCUACGUGAGGAAGCUGAAGAUCGUGACCGACCUCCUAGCUGCCGGUUUGCUGAACUUGCAGCGAGUGGGACUGCUGACAGAAGUGUCAGCUGAGACCCUGUUCGGAAAUGUCCCCAGCCUGAUCCGAGCCCACCGGAGCUUUUGGGAGGAGGUGCUGGGCCCCACCCUGGAGGAGGCUCGUGCCUCGGGCCAACCUCUGGACCCUGUCGGCCUGCAAAACGGCUUCCUGACGUUUGGCCAGCGGUUCCAGCCCUAUGUCCAGUACUGCCUGCAAGUGAAGCAGACCAUGGCUUAUGCCCGGGAGCUGCAAGACAGUAACCCUCUCUUCCAGGCCUUCGUGCAGUGGUGCGAGAAGCAUAAGCGCGCGGGGAGGCAGAUGCUGGGCGACUUGCUCAUCAAACCCCACCAGCGCGUCACCAAGUACCCGCUGCUGCUCCAGGCUGUGCUCAAGAGGAGCCCGGAGGCUCGAGCCCGAGGGGCUCUAACCGCCAUGAUCACAGCUGUGGAGUCGUUCCUGCGGCACAUCAACCGGCAGGUGCGCCAGGGCGAAGAGCAUGAGAGCCUGGUGGCUGCAGCCCAACGCAUUGGGCCCUACGAGGUGCUGGAACCGCCCAGUGAGGAGGUGGAGAAGAACCUGCGUCCCUUCUCCACCCUGGACCUGACUUCCCCCAUGCCGGGGGUUGCUGCUGAGCACAUCAGGCAGCUGCUGCUGGAGGGGCCCGUGCGAGUGAAGGAGGGGCGAGAAGGGAAGCUGGACGUGCACCUGUUCCUUUUCUCCGACGUGCUCCUGGUGACCAAGCCCCAACGCAAGGUGGACAGAGCUAAGGUCAUUCGACCCCCUCUGAUGCUGGAGAAGCUUGUGUGCCAACCACUCCGAGACCCUAACAGCUUCCUGCUGAUCCACCUCACGGAAUUCCAGUGUGUCUCUAGCGCCCUCAUCGUGCACUGCCCCAGCUCCACUGACCGUGCCCGGUGGCUAGAGAAGACUCAGCAGGCCCAGGCCACCCUGCAAAAGCUGAAGGCAGAGGAGUUCGUCCAACAGAAGAGGGAGCUCCUGGCACUGUAUCGGGACCGGGACCCGGAGUCCCAGAGCACCAGGCCCUCCACGCCUUUGCUGGAGGGCUCCCAGAACAGCACAGAGGAGAGGACUCCUGAGUUCUCAGCCGUCAUCCCCCAUCUGGUGGUGACUGAAGACACAGACGAAGACACUCCCUCAGUACCGGAUGAUACUUCAGACUCUGGCUAUGGCACUUUGGUCCCAGGCUCCCCCAAAGAGUCCCACUCUCCACUUAGCCGCCUCCACCACCGGGCGCUUCGGCGAGACCCCCGCCUCACCUUCUCUACCCUGGACCUCCGGGAAGUUCCUUUGCGCCCCCAGCCUCCUGACUCCCAAGCUCCCCAACGCCGCAGCGCCCCCGAACUGCCAGGCGGCGAUAUCCAGAGAGGAGCCAGUCUUCCCAGGGGGGACCCGCCUACCUGGUCUGAGGAGGAAGACGGGACUUCGGGGAGAGGGAAUGUGGUGGUGGAGACCCUGCACAGGGCCCAACUUCGGGGACAGCUCUCCCCCUCCCCAACCCAUGUAGACUCUGCUGGGGAAAGCCCCUGGGACUCCUCGGGGGACGAGGAAGAAGAGGGGUCCCUCUACCUGGGAUCCGGAUAUGGCCGCUCCCCACACCCCCUCCGGGCUGAGGACAUGCUUAGAGAGAUCCGGGAGGAACUGGCCAGCCAGAGGAUCGAGGGCGCCCCAGAGCCCCGGAGCAGCCGGCCUCAGAAGCUGACUCGGGUCCAACUGCAGAGGAUGCGCGGACCCCACAUCAUACAGCUGGACACCCCGGUGUCCACCUCAGAGGUGUGAGGAGCCCUGAGGACCUCUGGCAUUUCUCCCAGAGGAAAUUUCAUCCCAAGAGUGCUGGUCACCACCCCACCCCUGGACUCUACCUCAAGGACCACACUUCCCGCCAAGAAGCCUGGCCUGGGCAGCCUGCCCUCCCUAGCUCUGUGGGUUUUGGGGAGCAAGAAUUGUAAACUCAUGUAUCAUAGACAUACUUGAGCCCCCACAUAAAGUUGUGUGUAAAAACGUCUGCCCAGUGCUCCCUGAGGAUGGGAAGGAAAACCUGAGCACCCGGGGAUGAGAAGAACCCGGGAGGGGGAGCUCCCACAGUGGGCACCGUCUACUCCUCUCAGUGGGGUAUCUGGCCCUGGCUUAGCGGUUUUCCCAUCCCACUCAUCAGGAGGGGGGAGGUCUCAGCCCCAGCCUCCCACACCAACCAGGCAGACAGGACCACUCCCUCCAGGAGGGGAACUAUAAUUUCGGUUUUAGUGUAUUUACAAAAAGUCCAUAGCUCCCUCCGGAGGCCCCAUUGUUCUGUUUCUCCUGCCUUCAGACAGUUCAGAUGACACUGUGCUUGUCCAGGCAGGGGCAAAGGGUGCCAAGUUUCCAUUAGUGUGACAUAACUGAUACAAAGAGUGCUUAGCUACUGUGAAAAGGACUCAGGGACCAACCAGAAUCCCAAAACGGGCAUAAGGCACGGCACCUCUUAUCCCCGCAACCACCCACGUGGACUCCCGGCACACGUUCUCUCAGGAGCUCACACAAUCCGCACUUUGCACAACUGAUCAGUGCCCACCCACCCCCCAACCCUCGCGCAAGUUCUCGGUGGUGCUUAAGCAGCUGAGAAAAGCUAUGCACACUGAGGGGGUAGCACCAAGUAAGUGUCUGCCAGCUUUUGCCUGCCCCUCCAAGGC